UUAAAGGCGCCAAACCAGCCAUCUUUUUUUUUUUUUACCUGCAGCUUCAUCAUACACACAUCAUCCAACAGAACAUUAGUUUAUUCACCGCCACUAAAAUGCCCGAGGAAACAGCAGCUGCUUCAACUACCGAAAGUAUGGAGGAGAAACCUUGCUCAUCAAGUGCCCCAGACAGCUCCGUUGAUGUAUCUGAGGAAGCAAAGAAGCUGAUUGGCACAGGCAACCGGCACUUGGUGAUGGGUGAUGUUGUGUCUGCAGUCAGUGUGUUCCAAGAGGCCUGUGCCAUGUUAGCUGAAAAAUAUGGAGACACUGCUGAUGAAUGUGGGGAAGCUUUUUUCUUGUGUGGGAAGGCCCUUCUGGAGCUUGCCAGGAUGGAGAAUACAGUGCUUGGUAAUGCUUUGGAGGGAGUCCCUGAAGAAUCUUAUGAAGAGGGAGAUAAACCGAAUGACUCAAAGAUUGAGAGUGCUGACAACUUGGAUGAGAAAACCAGGGAUGAGCUUCGGGCGCAAGUUUAUGAUGCCAUGUCAGUGGACAAAAGUUCAGAGGUAGAGAAAGAAGUGGGGCAAGAGGAGCAGAAAAUGCAGGAGCAGGUUAAAGAGCAGGACAAUGAAGCUAAAGCACUAAAUGAGGAUGCGGCAUCGCCAAAGUCUGAGUUGAAAGCUGUUGAAAAUGAAAGCAAACACACUGACGAUGAGAAACCUGUUGAAAGAGAGGUCCAGAAGACAAAUGGUGUUGAAGGAGCUUUGGAAAAGGAAGAUGCUACUGUGUCAAAUGGAGUAACAAAAAAGGCUGAGAAAGAGGAGUUGGGCACCGAUGAGCAAAGUGGGAAUAAAGAGAAUGAAAAACCUAUGGAAGGGGGUGGAGGUAAUGAUGAUGAUGAUGACGACGACAAUGACGAUGAUGAGGAAGCGGAGGGUGACGCGGAGAAGGACUGUGAGGAGGAAGUUGGAAACCUGCAGUUGGCCUGGGAGAUGCUUGAGGUUGCCAAGGUCAUUUAUAAAAGAAAAGAUGACAAGGAAGAUCAGCUAAUGGCUGCACAGAUCUACCUGAAACUUGGAGAAGUUGGAGCUGAAUCAGGCAACUACAGCCAGGCUUUGGAGGACUUCAAUGAGUGCUUAGCCCUGCAGCUGAAACACCUUCCCUCUCAUAGUCGUCUUCUGGCUGAGAUUCAUUACCAGUUGGGCACAACUUACAGUUACACAGCCCAGUACAGCCAAGCCAUUGAGCACUUCUCCAACUCCAUCGAAGUCAUUGAAAGCCGUCUUGCUAUGCUUCAGGAGGUGAUCAAAAAGGCAGAGGAUGCAGAGGCUGCACAAGUGGAGACAAGUGAACUAGAAGAGUUGAAACGGUUACUGCCAGAAAUUACUGAGAAGAUCGAUGAUGCCAAGGAGAGCCAGAGGACAGCAGCUAUAGCCUCUGAAGCCAUCCAUCAGACCCUUGCGAGAGCCUCCGCUUCAUCUGCAUUCCCAUCUGAAAACGGUGGCCCAUCUUCAUCUGGAGCUAGUCAGAUUGCUGUGAGGCCACCUGAUGGUGCUUCCUCAAAAUCUGCAUCUGAUAUUUCUCACCUUGUCCGCAAGAAGAGGAAACCAGAUGAGGAGAGUCCAAAAAAGGACAGUGAUGCUAAAAAGACUAAACCGGAGACCUCUGUUAAUGGCAGCUGUGACUCUGCUCACAACAGCAAUGGCGUCCAAGAGAAAAUUGAACAUGAGGCAACAAAUUCUUCCACUGUGGAAAUGUCUGCAUGAUGGGCCACUCCUGACUGACCACUUGCCUUCCAACCAGCAGAGCAUGCCUGCCUCAUUUUUAACUUUUUGUUUUGUACAUAAAUCCAGUUAUCUUUGUCUAUCCAAUUUUUGUAUAACAAACUUUUCAAUAAAGGAUAUUUGCAUAUGUGAACUUGUUUAAUAAUGGUACUUCCAUCUUUUUUUAAAAAAAUAUUCUGGAUUCAAUGAAAGUUUAACUUCAUCUGUAGCAUGGUUAGUUUACCUCAAUUGGAUUUGUCCUGAAGUUGUAAAACUGUUCAUAGUAAUGCACUUGCAUUGAAAAUCUAUGGGGGAAAAGGAUCUGGAGGGUUUAAAGAAAUAUUGGAAGUUUAUUUUUGACACUAUUUUAGGACUGGUUAAUAAUAUUGAUUCUGUUUCAUUGUGAUCUUAAAUCUUGGUUGAAAAGUGUAAUUUAUCUUUUUACUCAAGCGCGAUCCUUAACUAUGAGUAAAUCACUUGUCUAUGAUUAUUAAUGUCUGAUUAGCCACUGGCUGAUAAAUGCUCUGGUUUCACUUGCCAGUGAUGGUAGUGAAAAUUUAAGUUUGUCACAAAGAUCCUUUCACUGUUCAAAGUUUGGGUUGGGGUUCAACCUGUUUGAUGUGACCUGUCCAAUUUGACUAGAUCUACACAAUCCAUUUGUUAUUUAAGGUCUCAUGCUUUGUUUACAGCCAGUUGAUCAAAAUCUAACAUUUAUUCCUGAUCACAUACUGCACUGGUGCGUAAAGCUGUGCACUUAGUUCAUUCUGCUGCCAUUUCUUGGAGACUGUACCGAUUCUGCACUUGUUCUACAAAUCAGGGUAAAUACUUGUAAAUAGGACAAAUUAUGAAUGUAAACAAACAUAUGUAUUAUAUUUUGGGAGGGUUACGUUAUUAAAAUGUUUUCCACUACAGAUUACAAAAUAAAUGGUGUAAUUUGUAACGUUUUCCAUUAGAUUACUUCAGGUCCGUAACGUAAU